AUGGUUCGUCUUUUGGAUGAAGAUGGGAUAAAGAGAAGGAAGCAGAGAAGACUGAGAAGAAGGCAAUACUUUAGCAAGCAAGACGGUCUACAUCAGUUUCUCCGCUAUAUUAAUUACUGCUUUUAUGUUUGCAAUGAAACACAGAGAGAAUUAAAGAAUCUAACCACAGAUAAUGGGUCCAAAUUUUGUUUGGCAUUUGGAUUUUCCAGACAGUUGAUAUGGCUGGAAGCAGAUGUGACUAAUAAAAGACCGGAGGUUGUAGCAGAAUACUUCCUGAAUGCAGUUCAUACUAUGAAAGGUUGUCCUCAAAAGAUAAGAGCUGAUCCUGGCACAGAAAAUGGGAUCAUCGCAACAUUCCAAACAUUUCUUAAGACAGAUCCAAGUGCAGUGUCUUUUGGAACUUCGACUGCAAAUCAGAGAAUUGAAAGAUUUUGGGGCAUUUUAAGGCUAAUGAAAGCAGAUUUCUGGAUGGAUCAUUUCAAAGGACUGGUGUAUGAAGAACUGCUGGAAAUAGGAAAUCCUCUACAUAAAUCCUGUAUACAAUUUGUUUAUCUUCCACUGAUAAAGAGAGAUCUAAAAGGUAUAAUGGACCAAUGGAAUACUCAUUCCAUACGAAGACAGAAGCUGGGAGAUACCCUGCAUGGAAUUCCAGAAGUAUUGUUUCAAAAUCCUGAAGUUGUUGGUGCUUCAAACUACUUACAUCCUGUUCAGAGAAAUGUUGUGACUGAGUUACAGAGACUUGUCAGAAAUAAUUUCAAGGAGAUUGACGAGGAUUUUGCUUCCGUAGCCUCAUCUAUAUUGAGCCAUUAUAAUUUGCCUUUCCCAGUCAACAUAACUGACAUGACUUGUGCUCGCCAUCUGUACAUUUUUCUAAGCGAGUUUAUGUCUCUUUUAUUGACUUGAUAUAUGAAAUAUCAUUAUAUGUAUGAAUGUAUG